UUUAAGGUGCACCCAUUUAAUUGCACACCCACAGCUUGUAUAACUUCCAUGGGAAAGACGUCACAAAUGCUUUUGUGGCAGAAAGCAAUUAAAUUCUCACAUCGUAGUGUAGUCUAAAGCCCUCCCAGAAGAGUAAGAAGCUGUCACUGCAAUGAACAGGGAAACAAACAAUUAUUAUACCCUUCAGAAGAGACUAUGAAUGAGCAGGUUUCUUCAAACUUUUGGACAUGUUGGAUAUGCUGUCAUUAGUAGAGCGCAUUAGAAAAAGCAAGAGAGUGAAAGGGAGGAGCUGGAGUGAGUUCUUCUAUCCUCAUUGCUCAGGAACCCUAUAGACAGAGAACUGACUCAAAGCAUUUGCAUUCUUAUUGUGUGUUGAACAUUAUUCAAAGAAGGCAAUAACGGGGCCAAUUGGAUCUCUCCACCACAGAAACCUGAAGUGAUAAAAUCAAAAUUAUUUGAACAAGCAAAUGUUCUCUCUUUUCCGUUUCAAGGUGAGAAGCUUAACAUGAUCCUUCAAAAGGAGAAAACACUUUUCCCACUCUGCGUGAGGUGCUACUGCUAUGGAGCCUGAGGAAACUUCUUCAUGGAUCCUGUAAACUCUCCCAUGCUGGACGGGCUUGGAUGUAAGCGCAUCAGCUCGGGUGCUGCCUGGAUAUUUCAGCAUAUACAGCCUUCUCCAGGAUAUACAAACUCCUUUGUUUGCAGUGAGACAUGGAUAUCAUUGAACAUUUCAUUCAAAACCUAACUGUAUGCAAUGGCAAAGACAACGUCACCUCCAUUAAUAAUGACGCUAUUAAGAUUAUUAGAUGGGUGUCUUUUGCUCUCGGACUGCCUGGUGUCUGCUUCUCAAUUUAUCUCAUGAGCCAGCAGGUCAGCAAUGGCAAAGCUGCCCCCGUCUACCUCAUCAGCCUGCUCGCCUCGGACAUCUUCAGCAUCUUUGGACAGCCAAAUAAGCCUAUAGACAGCAUUACGCAGGCCUCCACACUGGGGGACAUUUCCUCCUUGGUGUUUUACUUUGGCGUCAUCACCAACAUCGUGUUCAUGGUGUGUGUUGCACAGGAACGGUACCUGUUGGUGGCUUGUUCACAGCACGUUGCCUGUUGCAUCAAGGUUAAACAGUCAGCCAUAGUUUCUUUGGCCAUGUGGGCAGCCCCCAUUGCUAUCCUCAUGCUGGCUCUGAAUGGCUACAUGCUCUGUUUCUCCAUCAUUCUCCUGCUCCCACUUGCUGUUCUGUCCUUCUUCUUAGUGGACACCUUUAGGGCCCUUUAUUGUUCCAGAAGGUCAGUGCACGUUCACGAGCGAAAAAGGAUUCUGGGUAUGCAGGCCAUGCUUUUCUUCAACUACAGCUUCCUCUAUUUUCCUUUUGUCUUAAACACACUGUUUAAUGCUUUAUCACUCAAAUGCUACACUCAGUAUUUGGGACUGGUCGUUAACACAUUCUUGAAUUUCGGGCCCUUUGUGGAUCCGUUCCUCUCCUUUUUUCUGACGAAAGUGAAGGAUUUAAAAGAAGCGUGCUCCUGCUGUAAAAGGAGGCGCAAACCAGUGGACGAGACGCCCACUGUAGAAACAGUCUCUGAGAUUGUAACUAGACUCUGAAGAGAUGCAUCAUGAAGCAGCAGAGGGACCAUGAUAUAGGCCUAUUCAUGAAACCAUACCAUUGAUCAAUCAGCUGACAGACAUUAAAAAACUGAUGUUGGUUCUUAAUCAUAUUAAGGUUUAUCUUGCCCUGUGACAUGGAGUAACAGCAACACUUCUGGUAACUUGGUGAUUUCAGCAUCUGAUUAUUGGCAAAUGCAAUACCAAUUUUA